AUGCCGAGUGUGGAAGUUGAUGCCGACAAGAUCGAGGGGUUGAAGACCCACGGCAUCCCCCCAGCCAAUAUCUCGACCACGGCGUCCAACAGCAGCGAGGCGUCGAGCAGUACCAUGGACACAGGUCUGACAAGCCCAGCACCGUUGCGAACUUCUUCCCCAUCCCCACCAUCCGGACAAUUUGCAGUUGGAAAAGCCCAGGUUCAGCUGCCUCACGAUGUCCUCCAUACCAUCAUUUCUCAUUGUAUCUCCCACCCCUUAACGCUUAAAUCUCUCAACCUUGUCUCUCAUGAUCUUCAUCGUGCCUCAAACGUCUUUCUUUGGCGAUCGGUUGUCCUCGUUACAGGCCUUUGGAGAGGCCUCAUCAAAAAUGCAAGCAAAAUGGACAUCUUGCUUGCGUCAAAAGCAAAAUGGAUCAAAACUCUAAGCAUCGUCAUAUCCUAUGCGGAUGAAAUACCGGACACCCAUCUAUAUGGAGAUAGCAAUACCAAUAACAUCAGGAUCGGUAGCGGUGAGGGCGACACAAACACUCACCCCUCUCCGCCGACAUAUUCAAUUCAUCAAUCUUGUAUUUCUCUACCACAUUCGGCAACAUUAAAUUUAUCCGCAACUGAGCCGUCGUCCUUACCCCAUUCCCUACUCAGGAAGCUUAUCCAGCUUCUCCACGCCGCCCAAAACCUAGCCUCCCUCUCACUCUACCCAUGGUCCCUCCGCUCAGCUCUUCACACAUCCCUUAAUGCGCACGCUCUCUCCUUUCCUUUCUCACUCAGGGAACUCUCAUCCUUUGCUCCUUCUUUAACAGAUCUUCAUCCGUUCAUUGAUGCUCAACCAGGGAUCACUAAAUGGACAGUGAAAAAUGUUCCGAGUGGGUGGCGUAUUGGGGAUCCCAUGUUUGACACAGAUGGAAGCGAGGCCGAGGACGGAAGCAUAAGGGCUGCCUCGUCCCCUUUGUCAAGUAUGAUGCUGCCUGUAACGACAACUUCUUCCGACGAGGAGACCGUGGGAAGUGCAAUGGGUGGGAGGGGUGAUGGCGGUAGCAACGACAACAUGGGAAGUCCUGGUAGAAUGAGUCGAAAAAGACAGGUUGGGAGCAAAAGGAACUGGGCUCUCCCAGAAGGGUUGUUGCCAAAUUUACGAUCGGUAUGUGCAGCACCUACGGUCGUGGCUGGGAUUAUACAGGGCAGGCCAGUGAAGGAAGUAGAUCUGAGGACACACGAUACUGGCGCGGGAAAUACAAUGGAUGGGUACGCGUGGGAGGAUGAUCGAGAAGAAGAUUGGGAUGAAACAUUGUGUGGCAGCGUCGGAGACAGGAAUGCCGGAAGAACGAUGAUGGGCGGAAGUAGAAUCGAGGGAAAGAUGGCACGACCCAAACUAUGGGGUGAGCGAGUGAGAGUUUUGAGAACCUCAUUAGGUGGAGAAAUGCAUGGCGACCGGGAUAGUCAAUUCCCUUUAUCCCUUUCGGAAAGCCUGAACCAAGGGGACAGUUUCAUAGGGCCCACAUCCGGCAUCCAACUCGGCACCACUAGCAAUUUGCCUCUCGACCCACUCCGAUUCUUGACGAGAAUCUUCCCAAAUACCACCCACCUUGAGAUAAACUCCCAAACGUCGGUUCCACUGGCGCUCACACCCACCAAAUCCCACUCACUGUUCCUUGGUAACAUGUUCAAUACCCAAGCUCUGGGACCCGCCUAUCCCCAGAACUUCAAUCAGGGUUCGGCUACUCCUGCAGAAGCCACGGAACGCAGCAUCCGAUUCGCGUGCCGCAAUCUGGCAAGGACGCUGAGCCAAUUCCGCUUCUUGGAGAAGACGAUUUGGUGGGAUCUAACAGCAAGCGAGCCAACCCCAGUGGGACAUACGAAUUCAUCAACUUCGCCUAUAUUUGGUCUCGGGCCCGGGAUGUUAACGAACCGCCCUGAUGAGAAGACGGGAGGUUAUUGGAUCCUUGUCGAGGAAUGCAGGAGAUUCUGCCCGUCAUUGAAGUGUUUCGUUCUGAAUGGAGUAAAGAUUGAUUUUUAG